AUGAGAAAGUCUGCUGAUGAUCCAGAAAUUGAGGAGCCAAAAAAGAAAAAAGUUAGAACUAGUUUUGGCCCUACACCUGAAGUUCCCAUUGGACUUGUUUGGGACUCUGUUGAUUACAGCUGUUCAUAUGACUCACUUUUUACAAUUUUAUGUGAGAUCUGCAUUUACAAUCCAAGAAACUGGACAAAAGCAUUUUAUACAUUUAGUAAUCAGGGCAAACUGUUAGCAGAUGGAUACAAAAAAGUUAUUAGAAGUGUAGAUACUCUAGAAAAUAUUCGAAAUGAAGUUUGUAGAUCACUCAAACAUGAUAACCCAGUAUUAUUUCCAGAUGGAGCUACUGGAACUGACAUUCGUGAUCUACUUUACUAUUUCUUCACAUCAGAUCAUAGUGUCUCUUUGGGUUACAGAAGGUCAUCAUGCAUUGGAUGCAACAACAAUCAUGAUAUGGAUAAUCCUCCAGAAAGAGUUAUGUCAGUUUUAGAUGGAACUUACAAAUCAAUCAAUGAUUGGUUACAGCAUUGGCUAGAGGAACCUAGUAUAUGUGACUGUGGCUCUCCCACAAUUAUCAAAAGGAUAUAUGAUCAGCCCCCUUCAAUACUUGCAUUCAGUUUAAAUACUUCAAGAGUAGCAAUAAGCAAGUCUAUUCAUAUCAAGGGAAUAAAUGGAAGAUCUACAAUUCUACCAUUAAGAGGUAUUAUUUAUUCUGGUGGCUUUCAUUUCACUGCUUAUGUGAUCACUCCUGGAAAAGAGGUGUGGUAUCAUGAUGGUAUGACAACAAGAAGAAAUUGCAUCAAAAAGGGCCAUCUUAAUGAGUUCACAGAGGAUGCACUCAAAUCUUGCAGAGAAAAAAAUUCAAAUGGAGCAUUUUUUGAAAGACAAGCAGUCACAGUAAUUUAUUCAAAGAAAUAA